CACUCCCUUCUUCCUUCCCUCCAUUUCUCCCUCUCUCUCACAAACACACUCUCUCUGUCUCUUUCUUUUCUUAUGUAAGAUCCAUGUGGUUCAGCGCUUAGGCUUGCAAUCUGAAGUCGUCCUUGCAAAUAUAAAUAAACCCUAAGCCAGGAGCUCCUGGACCCACUCAGUGAAGCACUUCCUUAGAGCAAGAUUGCCCUUCUAUGUUUGCAGCCGACUCCAUCACCUUUGCCACAAGUAGCUGAAGCCAAAGACACACCGACACACCAAGACUCAGAUCCUGGACCUGGCGAUCCUGGAGCAGUUCCUGGCUGUCCUCCCCCCGGAGAUGGAGAACUGGGUGAGGGGAUGCAGAGAGGAGACCAGUUUCCUGGCCAAAGGUUUCCACCUGAGCUGGGCAGAGGACAUGAAGCAGGAGGAGGAACAGCAGGUGACAGAUGGCUUCAUCCAGAUGGUGAAAACAACAGAACCACAGAAUUAUAGAACUGGAGAAUUAGAAGGGGCAUCUAGUCGGACGCCCUGCGAUACAGGAAUCACAAUCCUGGCCUUGUGGCCGCCACCCCCAGACAAGAUCCCCUGCCACAUUACAAAAAUGAUGGUGACAUUUUCUUCCAGACCGUCUCCUUCUCUGCGUGGAGCAGAAACUGUUUCUGGAGAGCUGCUGAAUCGGGUCCAGGAAGAAGGAACAGAGAGCUGUGCAGGAUCUGCCCCUUCCCCUCGGCUUCUGGGCCCGGUGACCUUUGAGGAUGUGGCCGUGCAUUUCACAGAGGAGGAGUGGGCCCUUCUGGACCCGGGCCAGAGGGCCUUGCACAGAGAAGUCAUGGAGGAGAAUUACAGGAAUCUGGCCUCUCUGGGUGAUGGGAGGGAGAGCAGUGAAGAGAAUGAGCCCCAGAGAAUUAAAACUGAAGCAGAAGAGAAUUUGAGGAAGGACACUGUUGUUCCAGACGGUGCUGACUUCAAUGAAACUCCGAUGCUGAAAAAACAUCACAGAGGCAAGAAACAGGAAAACGUCUCUCCUUGUGUAAGAAACCCAGCUAGAAUAUUGAAUCCUAGCACCCUCGGAAGGAAACAUAAUGGGGAUAAACUGUUUCAAUGUUCAGAGUGUGGAAGGAGCUUCAAGUACAAGUCACUUCUUCAUCUACAUGAAAGAACCCACACAGAAGGGAAACUGUAUAAAUGUUCAGAGAACAGAAAGAGUGUCCGUCUAAGCUCCAAGCUUCCUGCUCACCAACAAAUCCACACUGGGGGGAAAACAUAUAAGUGCUCAGUGUGUGGAAGUAACUUCACUGAUAGCAGGAAACUGUCUAAACAUGAAAGAAUCCACACGGAAGGGAAACCAUAUAAAUGUUCAGAGUGCGGAAAGUGUUUCCGACAGACCUACAACCUUUUUAAUCAUCAAAGAAUUCACACUGGAGAAAAACCAUAUAAAUGCUCAGAGUGUGGAAAGAGCUUCACAGACCGUAGUGGCCUUACUCGUCAUCAGAGAACCCACACAGGAGAGAAACCACAUAAAUGUUCCAAUUGCGGAAAUUGCUUCAGCCGCUACAGUCACCUUCUUAGUCAUCAAAGAAUCCACACAGGGGAGAAACCGUAUAAAUGCUUAGAGUGUGGAAAGGGCUUUGCUCAGAGCUCUGCGCUUCUUUCUCACCAAAAAGUCCAUUCAGGAGAGAGACCAUUUAAAUGUUCUGAGUGCGAAAAGUGUUUCCGUCUGAGCUCCAAACUUCUUGAUCAUCAAAAAAUCCACACUGGAGAAAAACGAUAUAAGUGCUCAGUGUGUAAAAGCAGCUUUGCGUACAGGAGACACCUUUCCUUACACGCAAGAAUUCACACAGGAUAAACCAUAUACUGUAAAUGCUUAGAGUGUGGAAAGAGCUUCACUCAGAGCUGUGUGCUGUUAAAUAAAGAAUCCAUUCAGGAGGGAAACACUUUAAAUGCUCAGUGUGUGGAAAAAGCUUAAGAGAUCAUAGUAGCCAUCAGGAAAAGCCACAUAGAAGCCACAUAAAUGUUCCAAUUGUGGAAAGUGUUCAGCCGGAAUAGUGACCACCUUAAUUAUCAGAGUUUGGGAAGAGCUUCAAUUGUAGCCAAACCCUUGCUUUACACACAGGGAGGAAAGCAUUUUCGUGUUCAGAGUGUGGAAAGUACUUUGACCAUAAGUUACUAACUAUCAAAGGGCCCAUACAGGUGAGAAGCUGCAUAAACGUCCAGAGAGUGGAAAGAGCUCAGCCAAAGCGAUAGCCUCUUUAACCAUAAAAUAAUCCAUUUUGCAGAGGAAGAAUAUCAUUGUUUGGGAUGUGGAAAGGGCUUCAGUUGAAGGGUACGCCUUAGUAUGGAAUUCGGGUGGCGCUGUGAUCUAAACCACUGAGCCACUUGAGCUUGCAGAUUGGCAGUUCGAAUCCUCUUGAUGGGGGUGAGCUCCCGUUGCUCUAUCCUAGCUCCUGCUAACCUAGCAGUUUGAAAGCAUACCAGUGUGAGUAAAUAAAUAGGUACCACUGCGGUGGGAAGGUAAAUGCUGUUUCCGGGCGCUCUGGCAAUCGUCACGGUGAUGUGUUGUGCCAGAAAUGGUUUAGUCAUGCUGGCCUCAUGGCGCAGAAAAGCUGUCUGCAGACAAACACCGGCUCCCUCGGCCUGAAAGUGGAGAUGAGUGCUGCACCCCCAUAGUUGAAUUCGACUGGACUUAACUAUCCAGGGGUCCUUUAGUGUAUAUCAGAAACCCCAUACAGGAGCGAAAUCAUAUAAAGGUCCACUGAAUGAAAAGAGCUUCAGCCAAGUUGGUGGCUUUAGUUGCCAUCAGUGAGUCCACACCAGAAAAGAACCAUAUACAGUGGUACCUUGAUUCUCGAAUAUCUUGCGUCCCGAACAAAUUGGCUUUUGCGUCCCAAACAAAUCGGCUUCUGAACGCUGCAAACCUGGAAGUAAGUGUUGUGGUUUGCGAAUGUUUUUUGGAAGCCGAACGUCCGACGUGGCUUCCGCAGCUUCCGAUUGAGCGCAGGAAGCUCCUGCAGCUGUGCCUUGGUUUUUGAACAGUUUGGGGAGUCAAAUGGACUCCCGGAACGGAUUAGGUUCGACAACCAAGGUACCACUGUAGUUGCCGUGGAAAGAGUUUUCAGGUGAGCAGAGUGGUUGCAUAUCACCACCAAAUCCACACAAGGCAAUAAGUCAUUUAAAUCCUCAGUCAGAUGUGGUAUCUGUCACAAGGAAAGAACUUACACAGGAAAGACCAUAGUCUCUUUUGCACAUAACGCCAAAGCAUGGUUAACGGAAGAAAAGCUUGCUGGAUCAGGAAAACGGGUACUGUCCACUCCUGUGGUUUCCUGCAAGUGGGGACAGAACAUUGCUCAUAGCACAGCCUCCAUCCUCCUCCAUUGAUGGACUUAUCCUCCUUUAAUUUCUCUAAACCUCUCUUAAAGCCAUCCAAGUUGGUGGCCGUCGCUGUUUCCUGCUGGAGCAAGUUCCACAGUUUAUGUAAAAUAAGUACUUUCCUUUAGCUGUCCUGAAUUUUCCAGCUUCAUUAGAUAUCCACAAGUUCUAGUGUGAGAGAGGGAUAAAAACUUUCCUCUACUUUCUUCCUGCCAUGCAUUGUUUUGCAAACGUUUGUCAUGUCAUCUCUUGCUCGCCUUUUCUCUAUAAAUGAUGUUUUAUUAAACCGUGGCUUGGUGAUAUCUGUGAAACUAGCCCAGCAGUUUAACUAUGGUCUGUUAAAUAUCAUUAAAGGUCACUUGUUAACAAAAGUUUGUCAUCCUCAUUUGACAUUAGCCAGGGUUUUGUGUUAUAUGUGAAUGCAGGGAUUUACUGCUAAAACUACAGAGCCGUGAAUGAAGACAGGCCAACAAUGGAAUUGGUUUUCAAGGUUAGGCUGCUCUUAUGUUAAGUGACCAUCUGCCCAGUGCCAUGGCUUAUUAACUAUAGUUCACCUUGACAGUAAUAAACCACAGCUUAGCAUGAUGUGAGAGCUAAGCCAGUGAAUCCUAAGAAUGUUGGCAGCAUGGAAUGAUCGUGUCAAAAGAUUGACACUGAAGCAACAUCCUAUAAAUACCGGUAACUAAGACCAGCGUGUUUUUGAGCAAUUGAACACUAGUCCAGGAUUUAUUUAUUAAGUUCUUUUUAAAUUUCCUUUAUUUAGUAAAUUCAAAAAGAAACAUGACAUAAAGUUUACAUAGCAACUUGAAAAGAACAGAAUAGACCACAAAAGGGGAAACAGUCGUAAUUUUCCAGUUUGCUACAGUAUCGAUCAUCUUCUGUUCUGUUACAGUGGUACCUCUAGUUGUGGACUCAUUCCAUUCCAAGUCCGCAAUUAGAGCACCGCUUCUGCACACGUGCGUGGCGCGAUAGAGCACUUCUGUGCGUGCGCGAAGUGCACAGAUCGCUUCUGCACAUGCGCGCGGGGCGAACCCAGAAGUUACCCGAAAAGACGCAACAUGAAGUGAACACAAAGAGGUAUGACUGUAUUCUACAUUUCAUAUCUUUAUACAUGACUUCUUGUAUAUAUUUCAUAUCUUUAUACAUGACUUCUUCUAACAUCAUAUUAUUUACACAUAGAUCAUUCAAACGCUGUCAUAGUUUCCACACCAUGGUGGUAAUUCUGUAAAUAUUUUUUAAACCUGUCCUAUUUCUAAAUAAAGCAUUGAUUUGAAUUGUCUCAGUCUAUUUGUCAUUUGUGCCAUCUCCACAUAUUCUAGAAGUUUGUUUAACCACUCAGUUUUAGAAGGAACUCUGUCCCCUUUCCAAUUCAUUGCAAUCAGGAUCCUUGCGGCCACUGUAGCAUACAGAAAAAUUUCUUUUAGGGCUUUUGGUAUUUC